UCUCUCAUAUCAUCUUGACGCAAGUUAUUGGACUUUGAUUGCAUAGGAAAAGUUAAAAGCCGCUGCUGUUUUGGUUUGGCUGGGGUCGCCCCUAGUCUAUUUUCUGGUUCUAACGGAUCCGUCCAAAAGUGUCUGGUUUUGGCUCGUAUAUUUUAGGGCUUUUGUGUUGUAUUCAAUGGAGAAUGAGGAGGAGGGUGGUAGAAGGAGGAGGUUGUUGUGUGACUACAUUCCAUUUUGACUGCUGUUCUCCGCAGACCCGCCAUUGAGGCGCCAACGCGUUACCCUGCCGACAGUCUCAUCUUCUUUUCCCUCAAAAAAUAUUAUUAGAUUUAAAUUAAUUCAUAAUCAAACACAAUCGGGUUAUUAUAUUAUUUGGUCGUUUUAUUUUAUUUAAAAAAAGAACAAAUGGCGUAGUUGUAACACACACAAGUGGGUGAAUUUAGUCAUCCGGUCAAAUACCUUGAGGGCAUUAGCCAGAAGGAGAAAGGGGCCACAUCGUCGUCAACUCUGUAAAUAAACAAAGUGCAACUGCGGAUGGAGGAAUGGAAUGUGACCUUGCCAAACAGGUCAUCCGGCAAGAGCCCCCGUUGUCAAGUUGACGAUGGACGUUGCAACGGCAAUAAUAAGAAACCCAUGGCGCCUAUCCGAGCUGCCAAAGUCACGGCACCCGCCGUCUCACCGUCACAAUCAGUCAACGAAGCUACUCCGGAAGCCACUCAAUCCAGCGAUCUUGGCUAUUUGCACAAGAAAUUCAAAAAAGUAGCCGCCACUUUUUCAACUACUCCGGAACCGGCUCUUCCGGUGGCGGCUGAUCCCCCGACGGAUGAAUCAUGUGCUGUUGUUGUUGUUGAUCCAGCCAAAAAGGAGGAACAACAACCCGAUAGCAAUGGCUCGUCGAAAUCUUCCAGUAAAGGUGGCCGGUAUGUUUGUCACUACUGCCAACACGCCUGCGCAAAGCCCAGCGUCCUGGAAAAACACAUCCGGGCGCACACAAACGAACGGCCCUACCCGUGCGUUCCGUGCGGAUUUGCUUUCAAAACCAAAAGUAACCUCUACAAACACUGCAAGUCACGCACACACGUUCUCAAAUUGGAAGAAAACGGAACGGCCCAUCCGCAGUUAACUGGAUCAGCCGGAAUCAUCAUCGAUCCGGUCGAAGGCGGAAGUGACGAUACUUCAGACGACAAUGUUAUGCUCGACGACAGUGACGAAGGAGAGCCACUGGUUGUUGUUGUUCCGCCACAGCCGGCCGAAAUCAUCGUGUCCGUUUCAUCCGCACCAUCCACUCCGGAGAAAUUCAAAACGCCGUACAAACCCAAAUUUCAUAAUUUAAAAAGUUCAGACGACAUUUUAGAAACUCCACCGACCACCGAUGAAGGACGGCCCAGCCCUGGAUUCCUGCACGAAAGGAUCAGUCAAAUCAUCAGCAAGAAUCAAGCCAUUGUCGAAACGCUGGAUCCGAUUUGGCCCAGGCGAUAUGUCCGCCAAUCCAGUCGAGACAAUAAAGAAACGGCCAAAAGUCCCCGGCCGGACAUUGUCAUUUCAUCUCCAUCAAUCAAGAAAUCCGGUCUAGCCGGAAGAGAAAGAAGUUGCAGUUUAAGUUUGGUUCCGCAUGCGGAUCAGACGACCGACUCGAUGGUUCUGGCCGUCCCCCCGUCUGUUGCUCCAUCGUCUACCCACCGACUGUUGCAAGAGGAUGAAAAUCAGAGGAAGAGAUGCUACUCGGAAGGUCCAGCCGUCACGGAAAUUCGCCAUUCCGUCCGGAAUUUAUUGCAACAGUCUCCCAAGCCGCCGCGAACGGACGUUUUCAAUCCGCAAAAUCCGGAAGGUUCCAUCAUUAAGGAUAUUUUGUUAAAAAGUCGCGGAUUACUUCCGGCCAACUGCGAGGCUAAAGAAUCGGCGGUGGCCGUAGUCGAUCCGCCAACGAAAAUGUCAUCGUCAUUCACCGUGAGUGCUCUACUGAAUCCGUCCACGACCCGUGCCAAACCCACGGUCGAAUUUCCCCAUCCACAUAUCAGUUUAGAACCGGCGGAUGAUCCGGCAGAACGGCCGCCAUCAAAACGAUCCAAGAUUUCAGACGUUCCGCAAUCCGCUCCAUUUCCACGUCCGCCAGUCGAUCCUGAAAUGAUCCGAUCAACAUCGUCGUCUUCUUUUGUCUCCGAUCGAAUCCGGACGUCGCUUCCGCUUUUCGGAGGUGAAGUGGAGAUCCAUGAUGGUCCCCAGAGGACAGUGUUGCGAAUCGAUCCAGCGGGUUAUGUUGAAUCUAAUCGAUCCAACGGCCAAUCUACUGCAACCACCGAGUCGCCGUCCUCGGUUGUCGUGACAAAAGUGUCGAAUUUAAAUAAUUCCGGUGGUUUGUUUCGUCUGCAACCGCAGGAAUCCCGCAUUUCCGUUUUCCCCGUCAUGAAAACCGCCGAAACCAAAUCCGGCGGUGAUCCAGCCCGUGGCGUCAUCAUUCAUCAACCUUCCGUGCCUUAUAUUCCGGGAAUUCCCGGCCCCUACAGUUCAAGCGGAUGGCUUCCGGCUUCCACCAUGACGUCUGUCACCGUUUCCUACACCACCACGGCGUGUACCAGCCAAUCAACAACAACAUCACAACGUCCGGUUCCAUCGAUUACGGUGCAUCCGCCAGCCGCUAGUCUCCUACAACCUCCGCACCCGGAAGAGCGAACGGAUAGCGGAUUCGACGAUGAAGAUCCAUCCACUCAGGCGUCACCCAAAUUCCUUCGCCCCAAUUCUUUAUCGUUGCAGCCGGGCACGUUCAAUUUGAAAAAGAGCAACAUGGCCGGCCUGGAUCCCCAGAGCGGACAACCCAACAUGCUGUGCGUUUCGGGAGCCGGAAUGACGCUCAUCAGUCCCGAGACGCCUCGUCCGCGCAAGCUAUUUCGCCAGUUAUAUCUCAACGGCCACGCCUACACUUAUUUGGGCCUCAAAUGCUCGACCAGGGUCUAUUUUUGUUGCCUGUCCCGAGCCCAGCCCAUGUACGUCCCGCAUCAUCCCAAAUUGUCCAUGUAUUCGCAAUGGAAGACGAGAGCUCCAGCCUCAGCCGGCCCGCCGGGAUUGGAAGCCUCCAGCCCGACCCAAACCAUGUCCCUUUACGAUUCCAGACAACGCCCGACGACUUGUACGACGGCCCAAUCGACCGAUCACGGCCGGAUGAUUUUGACUCAUUCGUCUUAUUGGACCAAUCGCGACAGACCCACAACGACGCAUUUCAAAUUGCAAGUGGCACCCGCCGCCCAGGACGUCGUUCACAUUGAAAUUCCUCCUGCUCAAUCGACUCCGGAAGAAUCCCGUCCGCCGGAUCAAGUCAUCAGUCCAACGAUCCAGACGAAACCGGUUCAACCCAAACGAGUGCGGAUCUUUGCCGGCGGCUACAAAUCCACCGAAGAUUACACGUACGUGAGAGGUCGAGGGCGAGGCCGUUACGUGUGCGAAGAAUGCGGAAUCCGCUGUAAGAAGCCAUCCAUGUUGAAGAAACACAUCCGCACGCACACGGACCUGCGCCCUUACACUUGCCGCCAAUGCAAUUUCAGUUUCAAAACCAAAGGCAAUUUGACCAAACACAUGAAAUCAAAAGCUCAUCACAAAAAGUGCACCGAGCUGGGCAUCGUGCCCGUCCCUACCACCGUCGACGAGGCCAACAUUGACGAGGACAGUCUGGCCCGGCAGGAAACGCUCAAAAAGAUGAAACUGGCCGGCGGGUCCGGCAAUGAAGGCGAUUCCGAUUUAGACGACGAUGAAGAUGAAGAUGAAGAUGACGAGGAAGAUGAAGAAAUUGAAGGUGAAGAGGAGGAAGAUGAAACGGAAGAUGAUCCGCCAGUGACGACUAAAUUAUUGCCAACUGGACAAUUUGAAGAUGCCACCACAGCAGCCGAACCGGUUCGUGAAGAACGUGAGCAAGAAGUGGCCAGGAGUUUACUGGAUUUAGGUGUUAUUGCUCCAGCUGGAUGUAAACCCACGACAUACCCUUACGCCAGCCAUUUCCAUCCGCCGGAAGAGGAACAACAACCUUCGGUUGAAAUGAAGGAAGAGCCUCCAGCGCCCGUUUGUAAACAACAGCCGAUGGAUUUAUCCACUUCAACCGCUGCUUCAUCGGCUCUUUUGGCUUCCAUCUAUUCGCCCAUCGUGAGCGAAACGGCCGCUCGUCGAUUAUCUCCCGAAAAUUGCGUCCAGCCGGCCACCAGCGGCAUGCUGCAAGCCUACCUGACGGAAAAAGCUUUGAAGGAGGGACUGAUGAAACGUCACCAGGUCAAAUUGAUGACUCCGCCCUCAGUCGUCGUGGAAAAUCCCGUCGUCACUUUAUUCCCGACUCAAUCCAAAUCCAGCCGCUCGGAAUUCGUGGUGCCUCUGUCGUCCACUUGUCCGGCGGCCAUUCCGACCUCGGUGACGGCCUACAAAUUGACAGACGACGGCAAAACGGCGUGCAGCAUUUGCAACAAAGUUUUCACGAAACCAUCGCAACUGCGAUUGCACAUCAACAUCCAUUAUUUUGAGCGGCCGUUUCGGUGCGAGGCCUGCGCCGUUUCCUUCCGCACCAAGGGCCACCUGCAGAAGCACAAACGAUCCGUGACUCAUUUCAAUAAAGUCAACAUGAAUUUGACUUUCGGCACGCCCAGCACGGAGAAUCCUCGACCGUUUAAAUGUUCCGAUUGCAUGAUCGCCUUCCGCAUUCACGGCCAUCUGGCCAAACAUCUCCGCUCCAAAAUGCACAUCAUGAAACUGGAAUGCCUGGGCAAAUUGCCCUUUGGCACUUAUGCCGAAAUGGAACGAUCGGGAAUCAAUCUCAACGAAAUUGACACGACCGAUUGCCACAAUUCACUCGAAAGUCUCCAAUCAUUGGCCCAUCGUCUCUACAAACAAGAUCCAUCCAAAAUCCAGCAAUGGCAACAAGAGGCUCAAGUGGUAGCCGAGGCUAAUUUGAGGGAACGGACAAUUAGCGAAUCGUCGGAAGAAUUUUCGGAUGUUGCGGAUGAUGAGCUGGAUGAAGAUGGGGAAGAUAGCGACGGCCUUCCGGAUGGAGCCGGUGUCGAAGAAGCUCCUCCUCCACGAAAAUUGACACCAGUUGAAACACUUCCGGCACAGCCAGAAAUGAGCCAUCCGCCUCGUGCUGCUGCCGUGUCUCCAGACGCCAGGAAAGCUCCGCCUCCGCCACCAGCCAUGUAUUGUUCCGCUUGUGGAGAUUCGUGCGUUUCCAUGGAAGCGUUCCAAUCGCACGUCAUGGAAAAACAUCGGCCUCUGUCACCACCUACGACUAGGACACCCUUCAAGGCUUCUCCUCCCGCAACGGCUCCCGAGUCUCCCGCCAAAUUGGCACCACCGUCCAACAUCCAGCCAGACAUUGGCAGGUAUAUCUUGUUGCACUCGACUUGGUUUAUUCUUUUUACAAAUCUCAUUUACAUUUAUAAAAGGGUCGUCAAUUUGGCUGUGGAAUCGAGACGAUCUCCAUCCCGCGUGAUGGAGACGGGCCCCAAGCCUGGCCCACCCUGGAACCGUGGUCCAGGUGACCUGCAAUAUGCACAACCCCGUGGUGGCUUUUACAGUGGCCCAUCGCAUUCAUCUUCGACCAUGUGGCCACAACCGCGACAGCCAACGAUUGGUGACCUCAUGAGCCUGGGCAAUCCGCUGUCGGCUAUUCCACCUCAGUGGCAUCAGGAUCCAGCCGCCAUGGCCUGGAUCGCAUCCCGCCACAUGAUGCUGCCGGGUCAUCCGCCCACUUAUACCACUCCGCACCACUCUGGCGGCCAUCACACCACCAACGGAGUAGCCAUGCAGCCGCGCCUCUACAGUCCCACCUCCUCGAGUUCUUCCAUCGCAGCCAACGACGUCGACGUCGUUUUUCCCUGCGAACUUUGUGGAAAAUCUUUCAAUGCCAAAGACACACUCCGACAGCACAUGUUGGCUCACGCUCAACCGCGACCGUUCGUUUGUGAGUUUUGCGACGCUGGGUUCACGACUCAGAAGCACCUUGAAUCGCAUCUGGUUCUGCAUCGGCCUCGUACGUCCUGAUGAUGCCAGUUUGAUGACGUCACCCGGUGAAGUGUCCUCUCCACGAUGUAUAUCUCUGAUAUAUAAGCCUCACGAUUUUUCGUGAACCGAGAACGUUUGUUUGUUUGUUGUAAAUAAUUGGCUUUUGCUAUAGACACUGUUGGUCGCUUUCUUUUUAUUCUUGCUUGUAAAUCCCUUUUGCGGUAUUUUAUCACGUUCUUCAGACAUGGCGUAAUUCAGAAACAUAUCAGAUUGACCCUAAUCUUAAUCGAAAUGUAUAGAUGACAACUAAGUUUUGCGUUUACUUUAUACCUGCUCAAUCAAACUUGUUAAUAAACUUAUUUUUCAAUACGGGA